UCAAGCUCUUGUCAUUAGGGUGUACGCCAAAUCUGCUCAAUUUUUUUUCGAGCUAUCUUAAAGAUCGGAGACAAUAUGUACAGUACGGAGGUUUUAGAUCAAAAGAUUAUUUUACGCGCUCAGGUGUGAGUCAAGGUAGUAAUCUAGGACCUACUCUGUUUUUGACGAUGAUAAACGAUCUUCCCUCCGCUAUUAGCAAUUGUAGGUGCUUGAUAUUUGCUGAUGAUCUUAAACUUCUUCAGCCAGUGGCUAAUGUGUGUGACUGUAGACUACUUCAGGAGUCUAUCGACAAAGUAGCUGAAUGGAGUGAGAUAAAUCGGCUACAGUUGAACGUAUCUAAGUGCAAGGUUAUUAGUUUUUCCCGUUCCAAAACGCCAGUAACCUACUCUUAUUGUCUGCAAAGUGUAUCCCUGGAGCGUGUUCGAAGUAUACGAGAUUUGGGGGUCAUUAUUGAUAGCGGUUUGACUUUCCAAGACCACAUCGUUGACAUGUGUAAAAAGGCUAACAAAAACCUGGGUUUCAUCAUGCGGAUCGCGUCACAAUUCCGCGACACCAGGAUUGCCCUGGUUUUAUAUAACGCAUUUGUUCGUAGCCGGAUGGAAUUUAACUGUAUUGUUUGGGACCCAACCGACCAAAAAUACAGGGACAUGAUGGAGAAAAUUCAAAAAAAGUUUGCUCGAUACCUGUACAAGAGGUUAUAUGGACGCUAUCCUUUUCUCUAUCCCUCGUUGUUUGUGGCAGGUAUGGUUGGAUUAGAGACGCUAGAGUUGCGGAGGAAAAUGCUUCUCGCGAUCCUGUUCGCAGUGCCUGCAACGCGCACGCAAUACGCGCGCCGAGCGCCUACGUCUAGAGCCUGACCUAUUUAACGACAGGUUGGGUGUUUUACACUCAAAACUGUGUACUUUCCGAAAUGGUUUUGUUGGUCGCCCCUAAGCGAUGGUAGGAGCUAUGCAUUAUCUUAUCUUGUGAAUUUUAAUUUUUCUUGAUAAUUUUUUUUA